AUGGCCACAGUCACCCAUUACAUUCGCUCACACUAUGACCCCAUUCGCGACCGAGACCGCUUACAGCUUGAGACAGGGCAAACUAUAGGCGAGCCGGAGCCCCACGGCGAGGAAGAGGAUCCGUGGCAGACAGAGUUCACGUUCGGCGUGCGACAUUCCCUAGCCAGUGCCCCUCGCUUUGUUCGCGCGACGCUUCCUUAUGAUGAAUGGGGGAAUAUAAUCAUCAACUCCCCUGAGCCUGUGCAGAACAUUGAACAGGAUGAGAAACCACAGGAUCUGGCAAGCUGGUAUAGGACGCUGACCCAACGCACUGACCAGAAAGAUACACCUCCAGCCAAGAUCCCCAAAUCAUCCAGUGUAUGCCUACCAUCUACAUCGACUUCGCACUCUCUCACGUCGACAGCUCGCACGGGGAAGCGAAAAGACCGCGAUUGGUUCAUCUCACGCGCGCUCGCGCAGUCGGCUUCGUCCUCGACCCCUGCGCCCUCGAGCACUCUGGCUGAUAUCCUUUCCAGAGACCCACCCGCCGAUCAGCCCUUGAAACCUCCUAUAUUCUUACAUCUUGGGCCAUCAAACAGGGGGUGGGCGAUGCUGCAGAGACAUGGCUGGAACGAGGGUGAGGGGCUAGGCAGAAGUGUCGCUAGGAGAGGCGACGUAAGGUUAGAGAGCCUAGAAGGGGGUCAAGGCUCAGGGUCGAAAAGGCCGGAAGUUCAGGUUCACAAUAUAAAGGUCAAACAAGAGGAGAUUACAGUGGAUGAGGGUAUGGUUAAGGUAAAGGAUACCCAGGUGAUCGACCUCACGCUCUCCGAAUCAGAGAGUGAAGAUGGCGAGGAUAUCGAAAUCAUAUCUUCCUCUUCCCUUCCGCCACAGCAGCCUGAUGUGAUGGUCCGUGAUCAUUCCUCUCAAAACGCCCUUCUCACUCCGAUCGCGACCGUCCUCAAAUCUGACCGCCUUGGCAUUGGUCUGAAAGCCAAAACCGAAGGUCCAUAUCGCGCCUCCAUCAAGCGGGUUACGCAUAACGCCGCUGCGCUCCAGGCGCAUGUCCAAGCUGGGGAGGAACUCCGUCGGACAAAGACCCUAGUGGGGAAAGGGGGGAGGGGGUUUGAAAGGCUGCAACGAAAGGAGAGGGAGCGGCGACAGGAAAUGCUGGCUUAUCUUAAUCAUAACUAA